UUGUAUUUGAUUCGCGUCCCGUUUACAUAUAUAAUUUCAAAGGUUUUUGAACGGCACAGCAGCAGAAGUCUAGUCAUUUGUCGCAGUCGUUGCUUGGCGUUGUCGUUGCAGUCAUGUCUGAGAAACCGACCGUAUUAAUUUUGGGCGGCUGUGGAUUCAUUGGACGCAACUUGCUGACUUACUUGCUGAAGCGUGAGCUGACGCAGGAAAUACGCAUUGUUGAUAAGACGCCGCCACAGAUGGCUUGGCUGAAUGAGCAACAAGCCGAGGCCUUUGCCAAUGAUAAAGUCGAAUUUUGCAGCGCAAAUCUGAUCAAUGCCGCCUCAUGCAAGCUGGCUUAUGCACCACACCCAACAACGAACCGAGGCUGGGAUGUGAUCAUAAAUUGUGCUGCUGAGACGCGUGCCAAUCAAGACGAUGCCGUCUACAAGGAGGGCAUCCACAAGCUGAGCAUUAACUGUGCUAAUGAGGCCGCCAAUCAGGAGCAGACCAAACGCUAUGUGGAACUCAGCUCGGGCUGUGUGAACAGCAGCGAGAAGACGCCCCUGAAGGAGGACUGCAAACUGGAGCCUUGGACGGGUGUGGCCAAACAAAAGCUACGCGUGGAGAAGGAACUGGCGCGUAUUAACAAUCUCAGCUAUACGGUGGUGCGAUUGCCCAUUGUUUACGGCAUUGGCGAUAAGCGCUACUUAAUGCCACGCAUUAUAAUCGCUGCCAUUUACAAAUACCUUGGGGAGACAAUGAAACUACUGUGGAACGAUGCCAUGCGCCUGAAUACGGUGCACAUAAGCGAUGUAUGUGCGGCGAUUUGGCAAUUAGCUCAGAGUCCAAAAACGGCUGGACAGGUCUACAAUAUUGUGGAUGACUCAGCGUCUACGCAGGGUAGCAUCAGCGAUCUGCUCGUUGACAUUUUUCAAAUCAAUGUGGAAUAUUUCGGCAUUGUUAUGUCCAACUUGACCAAGCUGUAUCCAAGCGAUACGGUGGGUGAAAUUAACGACAAGCACAUGGCGCCCUGGGCGGAGAUUUGUCAAAACAAUGGCAUCGAUAAUACACCGCUGACACCGUAUUUGGACGAGGAGCAGCUGCACCAUAAGCACCUCUAUCUGGACAAUACGAAACUGAAGGACUUUGGCUAUGUGCUGCAGGAACCGCGAGUCACGCGCGCCCUGCUCAUGGAAAUGAUCGAUGACUAUGUGAAACAGCAGUUGUUUCCCAAGUCCUUGGUGAUCUAAAUGGAUAUAUGUACGAAUAUCGGAUAUCGAUGCGAUGAUUAAAGCACACGGUUAAUACGCACAUUUUAAUUCAUUUAGUAGAAAAGUUUUGAUAUUGAAUUCGUAUUAAGAUCAAGCAAUCUUCCAAUUUUUAUAGCAGGUUUAUUGUCCUGCCAUUUUUAAAGUGUACUUAUAGUAUUAUAGACCCAAUAUUUUUUUAUAUGUAUAUCUUACGUAGUCUGCAUGCAUUCCAAUCGAUCAAUAAUAUGCAAAUGUAUAUGUAAUUUUUAACUGAAAUUACCCAAUUGUGAUAAUUUUAGUGGCCAAUCGACAAUUGACAAUUGACAAUUAAAUGAAAUGCACUUGUAUAAUGUUUAUAA